GAUAUAUUUUAUGAGCAAAUUUAUUUAUAAAGAUAUUUUUAUUUUAUUAAAUUGAUCAGCCACUCGUGAAAAAUGUAUUUCAAGAUUUGUACACUGAUAUAGGACUGCAUUAACACUGGCUGUCGCAAUGGAGCGAUUUAAAAUAUUCGAAGGUUUUACAAAACUCAAACCACUUUGUGACAGUUUGAGAAAAAAUCCAAAUAUUGUUGAUACGGAUCAACUGAGAAAUCAGGUUCAGGAAAUAUCACCUGCGGUAAUACAAGAUCUUCAAGAGCACAUCUUACUACCUCUCGUGACUAAUUUGUUGAAAGACGAUGUGAGCAAGGAAAUAAAAUUACAUUUAAUCAAUUGCCUGCGAGCCGUACUUUCAAAAACCAGGAUGGCAAAAGUGGAUGUAGUUACACGAUUAUUCUCAACUCUUGUUUACCAAAUUUUUGACCAAGAACAGAAAACGAUGGUUAUUGAAUAUCACGAAGAAUUAAAAGAGAGCGUACUUUUGUGCAUGAGCGAUCUGAUAUGCCGAAGUUGUACCGAUGUAAUUGAAGCAUUUUACGUUCGUAAAAACAUUGGAAAAUUUAGCCAGGCCAUUUAUUUAUGCGUAUCCAUUGCUAAGACAGAAAGAUCACAAUCCCUCAGGUUAGCAGCAAUCGAGACGAUAAUAACUUUAUCACUAGUCCACGAUAAUUCGGAUACAAUUGAUGCAGGACUACGCGCUCAAGCAGCAAAUUUAAUCAUGCUGCUGUCUCCUGGUAUCAUAACUGGGCUUCAAGAAACAGCUCAGGGAUCUGAAAUACAAGGACAUAAGAUUCCAAUGAUGGCCCUUCGAGCAUUAAACAGAAUACUUUGUCUAAUAAUGGAAGAUUUGCCAGAAUCUGACGUAGUAACUCAGUUAAUUUCGCUCUCCGCAUGUGAUACUAAACCAUCUAUUGAUCCCUUGGGUCUAUCGUCAAGAACUAAAGAUGGAAUGAUAAAAUUCAUGGAAACAGCAAAUCGAACCCAGCAAUGGCUAGAUGCUGCUUCAGCAAAACUUAACAUUUGCAUACAAGCAUUGGCAGGAUUAGUGAAACAUUCUCAUUCAAGGGUAAGAAUGGAAUUGGCUGAAUUCGCAGGCGCAUUGCUGCUCAACUGUCCAAGAAAUAUGAAACCAAAUCACAAACAAUUAACGGAGAUAUUGAUCACUCUGUCUGAAGAUGACACUGAUGAAGUUAGUACAGCAGCAACAGCGGCAUUGAAUGAAAUCAGGACAAAAUGUGCCGAAGGAAGUAACACAGCCAGGCCUAUUCUAGAGGAGUUGGAAGAAUCUUUUUACACUUUACUGACGAAAUUACCAAGAAUCAUGCGGACAGGCGAUCAUUCUGAACAGAUGUCUUGCCUUAAUCAAUUUGGAGGAUACAUCAAAAUCCUAGGGACAGAGCAGCUACCUCAAAUCAUGUCAUCGGUAGCGCAUCUUCAGAGACUACUGUUGGCUCUUGUUUACACCAUUGAAUUAGAUUGCAGUGAUAUUUCACUUUUGGAAGAUGUAGCUAUCAAAGAUUUCGACAACAUAGUUCAUCAUCAUGGUUUUGAUUCGUGGAGACAUUUCAAAUUUCUUCGUGACUCAAUUGCAGAAACAAAGAUUAGUACUGUUUGCAGACUUCUUGGCGAGAAUGGGGACAUGAAAGUAUUAGUAGAUACAAUUCUUGAUAUGAUGUCAAACAUGACGCAAUAUAGGAAAGAGCUGACACUAUUGUUGAACUGGAUUAUAGGUGUGCCAGUAACAAAUUCAAUCAAUUUAUCAGAGUAUCAGUCCGUUGUUCAGUACUAUAUAACAGAAAGUACUUGGAACCUACCUCUUUGCAUAUCAACAGAUGUAACUCUUCGAGAAGCACAAAGCAAUGUUGCACAGUCUUGCCUACUACUGGAAGGUUUGGGAAUCAUUGCUCGAACCCUCAAAGAAGAAUUCCAGAGAUUUCUUUUACAGACACUUUACCUUGUCAUUGAAAAAGCUGGAAGCAGGCAAACGUUAAUCAGUAUUGCCGGUUUUCAUACUCUGGCAUCAUUUGCAGAGGCAAUGCAAUAUGCAGAAAUAGGGAUGCUUCUUCAGGCUAACGUUGAUUAUUUGUCAUAUCACAUCAUGUUGAAGCUGCGUAGAGUUGAGCGAAAUUCCGGUGUGUUAGAUGUUGUUGGUGUAGUCGUCAAGCAAUGUACAAUGGACAUACUGCCAUCCCUAGAAGAAAUCGUUCAAGAUGUACUUUCACAGAGUAAUUCAAACUUCCAAGAAAGAAACAGUUAUUCAUUUUUAAAAGUUUUUCAUACUUUUGUUGCUUGUGUAAGAAGACUACUAGGAAGUAAACCAGACGAAACGAUAUACAAUGAAAAGUCAAAGAUCUUAACAGACCAAGCAAAAACGGUAAUUAAAAUAUUACUAGAGUACUCUGAAUCCAAAACUGUUUCCAAUCAACUGGAAGAUGAUGACGUUGAAGAGGAAAUUUCGGAUCUAAAGGUAGAAGAAAAUCAUGACUUGCAGGACUAUAACAAUUACGAAGACGAAGAGAAGCAAGUCUUACCGUUACACAUAAAAAUGACGAUGGCAAUAAUGAAUCGAUGCAUCCAUUUUUUGCCUUCCAAAAAUGUUGCAAUAAAGCUACUUGCAAUAGAAACACUACAGGAAGGACUUGUUAUUUUGAGUAAUUGGGAAAACGAAUUGUUACCAAUUGUGCACCUACUUUGGCAUCCGCUGGUCCACAGAUUCCGAGAUUCCAGUCCAAUAAUCAUUAAUCGUGCAUGGGGUCUACUCUGCACUCUUGCCAAAGUAUCUAAGGACUUCAUAAGAUCGAGAACGCUGAAAGAAGUGUUGCCGGCUCUUGAAAAUUUCUUGACAAAAACAGCAAAGGAAAGUUAUAAAAAGGAUUCUGGUAGUGUGUACAAGUAUACUCAAAUAUUUAAACUGCAGAGAGAAUUACUUUCUCAGUUAGGGGAUAUUGUCAACUAUUUAAAAAUUCACGAACGCGAAUUGUGGGAUGUACUAGAAGCAGCAAAGCCUUAUCUAAGCAAAUAUCAACAUCGUGAUUUACAGGUCAAUUGCGUGGAAUUGUAUAAAAAAAUUGCUGAUUACAAUGAGGAUAUUGUUUGGAUAAAAUGUCUCAGUAUAACAAGUUCACCCGACAAAUCUAAUAGAACAGCUGAUUCGACGUGUUCUGAUAUCGAUAAGGUGGCAAAUUUCAAUAUACAAAACGAAUAUCAGGUGAAUAUAGAAACGAUCGUAACUUACAUUCAAGAUAAAACGUUCAAUAUGUAAAUAUAAUAUGGAUGUCAUUAUGUACAAAACUAUGUUCAAUGCACCUAUGCAACUAUGUACGUUAUAUUUUUAGAAUUACAUGUGUUUUUCUUAUACUGUUGAGAUAUUUCAUCGAAUAAAUUGUUUACUUACAUUUCUUGUGUUAUUUGUUAGCAAUUAUUAUUAUUAACCAGAGAUACAACCUUCUAUGUUUCAUUCAGAAAGGGAUGAUUUGCUAUUUCAAUUUCGUGUAAUACACUCCGGUUCAAAAGCUCGGAUGUCGAAUGGGUUCUCAAUUUGUCUUUUACUU